ACGAGCGCGUGCGUGUGAAGAAGUGAAAUUUUGAAAAGGCAAGAGAUGGAAAAGGAGCAGUCUUGUCUGGUUGACAUUAAAUUAGGUGCUAUCGCAGUUUUGACGAUAAUUUUUUGUUUGCCAAAACCAAAAGACGACUUUCUUCUGUGAACUCUUCGAGUCUUGGUAACUCCUUGUCACUAUUUUGGUUCUCCCUCGUCCUUUCUCUCUCCCCUCUUCGUGGCUUGGCUUCUGAGUCGUAACCCAAACCCUGCAGUCGUAACAGCACUCGGCCACAGGUCGUCGCCCCCUUUCCCUUCUUCCAAGUACUUUAUCUCUAACCGUCUAAAAGGAGGCUGCUGAUUUGGAGAUCCAGUCGACGAUUUCUCCUGGGACGUUCCGGAAACGAAGCGAAUAGCUUUUGAUCCACAUAUCCGAACAGAGUCCGAUCGUAACCAGCGGCAGGGAGGGAGUUCCGGUUUUAUAGCCCCGACAACCGAAGAAAACGAAAAACAAAAAAACGACGAAGGGGAGCCGGAAGGCAAUUGAAGUGAACGGAUCGCAAGGAUGAGCAGUAACGAAGGAGGGAGGGAUGUUAGCGGAGAGGAUUCGGGAGGAGGAGGAGGAGGGAGUUCGUUCGGAAGCGACUUGUCGGGAUCUACAGUGGCGGCGGCUGAGAAACGCAAAGAGAAGAAUAGGGUGAGCAGGACAUCUCUAAUCCUUUGGCAUACCCAUCAGAACGAUGUUCUUGCUGUUAAGAAGCUCUUGGAAGAGGAUCAAUCUCUCGUGGCCUCCAGGGACUAUGAUAGCAGGACGCCUCUCCAUGUCGCUGCACUCCACGGUUGGAUCGAAGUCGCCAAAUGUUUGCUUGACUGCGGUGCUGACGUUAACGCACAGGAUCGAUGGAAGAACACGCCACUCGCAGAUGCAGAAGGAGCCAAGAAGCAGGAGAUGGUUGAACUUUUGAAGUCCCAUGGUGGCUCGUCUUUUGGACAAACAGGCAGCCAUUUUGAGCCAAAGCCCGUACCACCACCUCUUCCCAACAAGUGUGAUUGGGAAAUUGACCCUGCUGAGUUAGACUUCACUGCAUCAACCAUUAUUGGAAAGGGUUCUUUUGGUGAGAUAUUGAAAGCAUGCUGGCGUGGAACACCAGUUGCAGUCAAGCGCAUUCUUCCAUCCCUGUCAGAUGACAGAUUGGUCAUCCAAGAUUUUAGGCAUGAGGUCAAUUUGCUUGUCAAGCUGCGACAUCCCAACAUUGUGCAGUUCCUUGGUGCAGUCACUGACAGAAAGCCGUUGAUGUUAAUUACAGAGUACUUGAGAGGGGGUGAUCUCCAUCAGUACCUUAAAGAGAAAGGCACACUUCAUCCCUCCAUGGCAACUAAUUUUGCACUGGACAUUGCAAGGGGAAUGGCAUAUCUCCAUAAUGAACCCAAUGUCAUCAUUCAUAGGGAUUUAAAGCCAAGGAAUGUGCUUUUGGUCAAUUCAAAUGCUGAUCAUUUGAAAGUUGGUGAUUUUGGCCUUAGCAAGCUUAUAAAAGUCCAGAAUUCUCACGAUGUGUACAAACUGACUGGAGAAACCGGAAGUUAUAGGUACAUGGCUCCUGAGGUCUUCAAGCAUCGAAAAUAUGACAAAAAAGUCGAUGUCUUCUCUUUCGCAAUGAUACUCUAUGAAAUGCUUGAAGGAGAUCCUCCUUUGUCAAACUACGAACCAUAUGAAGCUGCCAAAAGUGUUGCAGAAGGCCAUCGCCCAAUUUUUCGUGCAAAAGGUUACCUUUCUGAGCUGAGAGAGUUGACAGAGCUGUGCUGGGCGGCUGAUCCAAAUAGAAGGCCCUCGUUUCUCGAAAUCCUUAAGAAGCUCGAAAAGAUCAAGGAUAGCAUGUCAACCGAUCAUCACUGGCACAUAUUCACGCAGUAACUGCUGGGCUAUAUGGAAGCAUAUUUGUGAAACUAACUGGAUUUGUCGAUUGCAGUCCAUAUUGGGAUUAAUGCAAUUCGGGACAACCGUAACGGGAAAGAAGUGCAAUUCUGAAAUAAAUGGCAGUUGCUCAAAAUAAUAAGUGAGGCUUUCAGGGUACAUGAAGAUUUAUGGAGAUUCAUAAGCAUCUUUCCAGUGACAUGGCAUUGUUUCGGUAGGUAGUGGUCUUUCAGAUUCUGUGAGAUGAGGAUACUUGUCAAGUUGUUAAUGUGAUAGGUUGACUCUGACUUUAUUUCACUUACUCUACGGUGGGCAUAUGUAUAAAUAAUAAUAUUUGUAAUAUCUUUAAUAUUUGUAAUAUCUCUCUGUAUGUUGGAAAUGACUUGUUUUGGGGUCU